AUGUCUUUCUGUAGAAUAACAGGCCGUAGCAGAGGCCUACCUAAGCCGAACUAUUUUCCGCUUCUAGCUCCGAUAUCACCGGCAGAUGCGAAGAGAUGCUGCAGAAUUACCGGGAAAUCAUAUGGUUUACCAUCACAUCAUUACAUUCCAGUUCUACUCACAGCCAGAUCCGCGGCAAACAAAUGCAGAAUAACAAAUGUAUCAGGUGAACUAGGUCCUCAUCACUACACACCGGAAAUUCACUAUGGAAACAGAAAACAUGAGAUUCUUCCAGAUUUUAGAUAUAUAUUUCCGGUAUUGGAUGGAUCAACUGAGGCGCAAAGAGGACUAAUGGAAAUGCUAUUGACUAAACAAGUAUCUGACGAUAAACGAUAUGUGUACACAGUGCAAGAGCGUAGAUGCAGCUUGGUUUUUUCCGCUCGUAUGGAAGCAGCAGUGCGUGAUGGUGAUGUGAGGGAUGUUAUGCUUGCUAAAGACUCGGAUACAGUUUUAAUUAAAACAAAGCAAGGUAGAAGUGUAUCAAUGGAUUUCAAAGAUUUUACGGAGGACGUAGAAAUGUAUGAAGGUGAGGGACCAAAUGCAGAAGUUUUGAAGCAAAGAGAAAUUGAAGAAUUAGAAGAAAAGAAGAAGAAAAGGAAACGAGCCGCAGGUCUUUCAUCAAUGAAAAAGAUUUUUGAAAAUAAGGAAAAAUUAGCAGAAGUGCAAGAACUUGAAGAAGAAAAAAUGCGCCAGGAUCGUUUAGCGAAAAAAGCAAAACUAGAAGAAACUAGGCACGAAAAACAUGACACUAAGAGUUUUUCGUGUAAUAACUUUGAUCUUAAUCAUAUGCGUUCUAAGUCGAGCAUAGUUAUGUGUAAUGGAGAAUGGAGGGAACAAAUGCAUCCACUUAUUGAAACUUGGGAUUGGGAUUUAUUCGAAAAAGAAAUAGGCAAUGAAAAUUUCUCACCAAAAGUGACUAUGCUGCCUUCUCCAAUUAAAAUAACGCCCUACCAUUGUGACACAGAAAUUUAUGAAGUGGAUAGAAAUAUUAGUGACGUAUCGGUUUCCCUUGAAAAUGUACCUUGCGUUAACCCAUUGAAGCCUAUCAAAUCUAAACCUUCCGAAUCAGUUCUCUCCGCUGUUGCAGAGCUUCCUACAGAACGCUUAAUAGAAACUUCAAAUAUUACAGAAAAAUUAUUGCAAUAUGAUAAAAUUGAUAUGCUUCCAACAAUGGAUAACAUAACGGAGGUUAUCAAAAAUAUUAAAAAAGGAAAACAAGGGAAAAUUGCAAAGAUAUCUGGGCUCACUUUAGACAUAGACAAAGCCAAGAAAUUUAUUCCAGGUCAACAUGUAAACACGCCUCAAGGUCCAAUCUUUGUGCCGGGUCAGACAGUAGAUACACCCUCAGGACCCGUGUUUGUUCCAGGUCUCACUGUAAAUACUCCAGCUGGGCCAGGCCUCAUACCAGGACAUAUUAUAAAUAACGAAAAUGUAAACGAACCUUUUUUCUUGGCUGGUCAAACACUACAAACAGCAAAUGGUGAGGAAUUCGUUUGUGGACAGAUUAUCAAACAAAAAGAUGAUUCAUACCGAUUCACUGAGGGACAAACCGUAGUAUCAGAGGAAGGUUUAAAAUUUGUACCUGGGAAAAUAAUAAAUAAUGGAAAUGAAGAUAUUUUUGUACCAGGCCAAGCAAUAAUGACUCCUGACGGUGUACAGUUUAUUCCUGGACAAACAUUAACAGAGAAUGACAAUAUUAUUUUUACUCCAGGUCAAAAUACCAAAAUAAAUAAUGAAUGGCAGUUUGUGCCAGGACAAGUUGUCAAUAGUGAUGAUGAAUUACAUUUUGUACCUGGAGCUACACUAGCUACACCGAAUGGUCUUAAAUUUGUGCCAGGUCAAACAAUUUCUUUAGAUGGAAAGACUAUGUUUGUUCCGGGUAUUUCUAGAAUUGGAGAGAAAGGCUUAGAAUUUGUUCCCGGUACUACUGUAGAUACAAUUGACGGGCCGAAAUUUAUUGAAGGUCAGGUUGUGAAUUCAUCGAGUGGUGAUAAAUUCUUACCGGGUAAAUCAAUUGUUCAAGCAAACGGGCACGUUGAGUUUUCUGUAGCAAAGUCUGUUGAGGACAUUGCUUUUACUGAAGGAUCUCCAAUGGGAUUGCCUAUUGAUAUUAAAAGUAGUUCUCUAUCAGAAGAAUCAUUAUACGUUUUUGGACAUAUGGUUCAAACGGCAAAAGGCAUUGAAUUUUAUCCGGGUCCUAAAAUACCUAAAUUAGAUGGAAAAGUUGUGCCUGGACGUCUUGUUAAAAAUGAAGCUAAUCAGUCUCGAUUCGUUCCAGGAAUGAUGGUGGAGGGCAUAUUUGUUCCCGGUCAAAUAGUUUUUACUGAAAAUGGAGAACAGUUCGUACCUGGACAAGUUGUAGAUACUGCUGAUGGACCAAAAUUUGUUCCUGGACAAGUUGUUAAUACAAAAAGUGGACCUAAAUUUGUCCCAGGUCAAACAAUACAUACCAUAGAUGGACCUAGGUUUGUGCCUGGCCAAAUUAUAGAAACAAAAGCUGGGCCAACAUUUAUUCCGGGUCAAGUAAUAUCCACGGAAGACGAAGGUUCCAGAUUUGUACCUGGACAAGUAGUCGAUACUGAAGAAGGGCCAAGAUUUGUUCCCGGUAGAGUUAUUGAAAAUGAUGACCAAGGAGUAACAUUUGUACCUGGACAAAUUGUUCAAACACCUGAAGGUCUCAAGUUCGUUGCCCCUGAUCUUAUUGAAGGUGAAGAAGGUCUAGAAUUCUCUGUUCAAAGCUUUGUUGUAACUCCAGAAGAACUUAAACUCUUAAAGGUUAAAACUAACCCGAAUGACACCACUUCGACUAAAGGUGAGUUGACUAUUGACACCAAAAUGCUACGACAACUCUCUGAAGCGGGGAUGUCAAUUGGACGACAAGUACCAGCUGAUUUGCCAGCAAUUAAUGUUAUAUUAAACCACACUAAAAAUGCUGAAACAUUGAAAGCUUUUGUGACUGAUUUCGGAUUAAAAGAUGAUGUCGCUAAUCAGUUAAUGGAGGUCAUUACAUCCAUAAUAGAAAUGAGUGCACAUUUAAAAACUGAAAUGAAUACAAACCAUAAAGAAAAUGGUCUUAUAUCAGACGGCAAAAAAGGAAGAUUUAAUAAAAGAAGACAAGAUGAACAAAGCCAAUCAGAUUAUAUAGAAAAUAAAAAACAGCAUGCACAUCAAGAAAAAGUAAAAAAUUCUAUCGCCGCAGCAGUACUUGCAGCACUAGUUACAGCAGAACAAUUUGAAGAUGUUAACAAUAAUAAUGGAAAAGAAAAAUAUCAUCACAUUUUAAAAUCUAUUGAUACAAUUUUAGGAAAAUCAAUUGAUAAAGAUCUUGUUUCUGCUAUGUAUAAAAUUCUUCAAACUGAAGAAGAUAAAGAAAUUCUUCGAGAGGAAAUUCUUGAAAAUUCUACAACAACGAAAAUAGAAUUAAUCAAAAUUGCAAUAAAUAGAGCAUUAGAUAAACAUUCCUUUACUGAAGAGCAAAUUAUCAAUAAAUUUAGUGAACUUUUAAGUAAGGAAAGUGAAGUUUUAGGUCCUGCUUUCAAAAAAAUGUCUAAGAAUGAUCCAAGUUUACUGCUACACGUCUUAGGUCAUAUUUCAGAAUCUAUUUCCUUUAUUGAAACAGAUAAUGAAGCUGCCGAAACAUUGCAAAAAGUUAUUGUAAGCGCUAUACAAGAAAGUAGUAGCAAAACAUUAGAAAGUGUAUUAGAUGGCUCUAAUAAAGAAAUGCUCAAAGAAAUCCUUGUGCAAUCAGCCGGUCUUGCAAGAGUACUUGGAAUGAAUGAUGUCGCUAGAAAUUUAAUAUCCGCACUGAAUAGUGAAUACAGCCUAAAUAAAAUUGCAGGUGAUGAAGUAAGCAUAAAUAUUCUAAAACGUUUAACAGUUAUGAGAAAAUUGUCCGAAGAAACUCCAAGCUUACAUUUAGCACUGCGCAAACUAGAAACCGAUCCAGAGCUAGCUCGUACGGAUCCCAAGCUGCGAGAUUUAGUACGAGAAAGCGCAGCUCUUAUGAUCAUUCCAGAAGAACCUCCAUUGAUGACCUCAGAAGAUGUUCCAUUGAGUUUACUUCAACCUGAAAAUAUUCUUGCAAUGGAAGAUUUCCUGUUUCAACGAAAGAAACAUUCAUCUGGAGCUUUACUAAUAAUGAAGAAAGGACUACAAGCAGUGGUUCCCAGAGAAGCAAGUCGUGCCGUGUUGACGGGUCAAGUAGCGUAUACAGUCUUGGAUGAACAUGGUAUAAGACAUUUCGAGCCAUUACACGUAUUUUCAGCAUUAAAUUUGAGUCAGCCUACAGCACAUCGCUUUAGUAUGUACAGCUGCCCCGUAUUAGACGACAAUGAUGAAGAUCUCCAAACUUUUACUGGAUAUUGUAAUAUAAGUAAUAAUCAAAGGAUUACUAAAUUUGGUGGAUGGAAUAGAAAAUACAAUGGAGUACUAUUAGACAGAGAAAACACUAGAGCUAGAAUAAGCACUCUUAAAAAUACACCAAGUUAUGACAGAUAUCAAAACGCAAGAUCUUUAACUAGAUCACGAUCAACUUGCAGCAGAAGCCCCCCUAAGGUAGACGAUGUAGUUGUAGCCAACGCUGAUUACACAGCGGCGGCUGACGACGAGGUCUCUCUCAAAGCGGGAGAUAUUGUCGAGGUUCUCGACACUAAAUCUGGCCUCGGAUCCAAGAACCCCGACCCCGACUCCAGCCUGAACGUGGAAGCCGAACUCCUCGACACGUCCGCCGCUAAGCAUAAACUUGCUGUACGACCGAAGAAAAAUCAUCCCAAAAAGAAGAAAAUUGCAUCUAAAGAAAGAUGGCUGGUCCGUGUGAUAGAAGACGUGCAAGGUGGGGACAUAAGUUCGAGACAGGGCUAUGUCCCAGCCGAAGUGCUACGCGAGAAACUGCCGGAGCGCGACCAGACUGCGUUAGCGGCAAGACGACAGGCAGUAGUGCGAGAGUUAAUAGAAACCGAAGAGGAGUUCGGGCGCGACAUGCAGCAAGUGGUCAGCCGGUACAUGCGGCCCAUGGACAAGGCGACCACCCCUAAACCGGUGUUUGAUAACCGAGAACUGCUGUUCUCGAACUUUCGACAGAUAUGCGAGUUUCAUAACACGGGUCUUCUAGAAGGCAUCAAGUACUACGCGGGAGAGCCCCGCGCGCUGGGCCGCGCGCUGCUGCGCAUGGAACGCGAGUUCGACAAGCACGUGGCGUACUGCCGCGACGAGCCGCGCGCCCAGCAUUUGCUCAGGCACGAUCCCGUUGUGUCCAAAUAUUUUAAGGCUUUGGCAGAUAAACUAGGUGACGACAAAGGCCUCACUGAACAUCUCAAAUUACCCAUCCAAAGGAUCAACGACUACCAACUCCUUUUAAAGGAAUUGGUCAAAUACUCAAAGCGUCUCGGCGACGACUGCACCGAUCUACAGAAGGCUCUUGAACUCUUUUUGGGCGUCCCCAAUCGCGCCACAAACAAUCUCUUCAUCGCCAGCAUCGAGGGUUAUCGUGGGAACAUCUACAAACUCGGUAGAUUGCUGACCCACGACUGGUUCACUGUUGAUUUCGACGGCGACCCCCAAAAUAGAUACGUCUUCUUAUUUAAAGCCAGGAUCUUGGUCUGUGAAGUCCAGAAAAUCGGUGACGAUAGAUCCGUCUUCGUUCUGAAACAUAUUAUCAAGCUCCCCGAGGUAGAAAUCAAGGACCAUCCGGAGACCACAAAGUUCGAACUUCAUCAAAAAGAACCACUAUUAAUAUUUCAUUUUAAAGCACACAAGGAGUCUACAAAGACUGCUUGGCUCAGGGAGAUCAGACAGUACGCAAGUGACCUUGUCGCACUAGCAGAACACGCUGCUGACGAUUUGCAAGUACUAUCACUUCCUAGCGAAGCCGUAGACGAACAACCAGAAGAAAAAAGAAAACGGGAAGACGAAGGCCAAGAAGAAGAGAGACUAGAAAAAAAAUCUCGUGUUGCAGAGCUUGAAACCAUUGAAGUUGUUUCAGAAGAAUCUCAGCAAGUUAAAACAAAGCGGAAAGCAUCCGUCGAAGGGGAACACGCCAGAAAAAUAUCUAAAGCUGAAGUAGCUGAGGUGAUCAGUGAAAUUCAAGAAAUUCAAACUUCAGUCACUGUUGAAAGUGAAAUCACUACUGAUUUAGAGUCUAAAUCAUCUGUGAAACAAAUCAGUGAAACUGUCACAUCUCAGUCAGAAAGUGAGCAAACUGUAAUUGAAAGUGGAAAUUUGGUAGUACAAGAGAAGUCACGUCAAGAAAGUAAAGUUUACGAAGUUCAAACGACCGUAGAACCUGUAGAAAAGUCAAAUAAAAGUACGAUUCAAGUUCUUCAAGGUGAGAGCAUAGAGAAAUCUGAGACAGCAGUAAUAACAACUGAUCAAAAUUCAACAAUUGAAGCAAAGUCUGUAGAGACCCAACAAUCUGUGUCCUAUAGUCGCCAAGUGACUGAAACAUCUAUUAGUGAAGUUCAAGCAGACAGCGCUUUAGAGACAGUAGUACAAAGUGCUAACAAAUCCCAAGCGUCUCUGAAAGAAACUAAAUUGUCGAUUAAAUCAGAUAUUCCAUCUAGCACAGAUACAAUCCAGACUGUUACAGAAGAGACUGCUGUAACUAAAACUAAUUUAGAAGUAGAGAAAGCUGAAGAAUCAUCUAUAAAGGCUCAAGAAUCAAUAUCUUACAGUCGACAGUCAUCUAAACUUUCCGUGGAACAAUCAGAAACGGAAGCACAAUCUCUGGUUCAAUGUGAACAAAUUGUAAAAGCCAAUAGCGAAGCUGUCGAAUUAAGCGUUGAGCAAUCAGUGCAGCUUACUGAACAGAAAGAUAUCAAGUCUUUACAAAAAACUGGAACUACCGUAACAGAGACUUCUAGCGCUCAACAAUCAGUAUCAGUAGAAAGUGAAGAGAAAAUACAGAAAGUUCAAACUGCGGAGAGUUGCGCGUCAGAACAAAUUGUAGAGCAAGAAAGCAAAUCUGCGCGUAAAGAUUCUAAGAAAAAAACAAAAGAUACAGAUAAAACAAAAUCUCUAACCAACGGAGACGCAUUACACGAAAAUAAAGAAAACCUUCAACCUGAAAGUGACAAAGUAAAAUCUGAAAUCACGGAGAGUAGCGUUGAAAAAAGUCAAGUGUCAACUCGAAAAAGUGUGAAAGCUAAAAAAGUUGAAGUUUCAUUAGAAAAAGCAUCUCUCAACGGCAAACACGAAGAGAUAACUCAACAAGCUGCAGAGACAUCUGAACAAAAGUUCGCAGAGAGUGAUCAAACUGUAACCACAGAAGAGUCGGGAGAGAGAGUUACGGGAGACAGUGAAGCUGUAACCGCGGAGACAGGCGAAGAGAUGUCUAGGUACAGCCGCAGUUCGCGGCAAUCUGGAGAGUACUCCAGUAGCAGUCGCAAGUUGUCGUCGGGCGGUCGCUACGAGUCGUCGUCGUACGACAGUACAGGGUUGUCGUCAUCAUAUUCACGACGCGAUAGCGCCUCAAAAUAUGAAACUGGGGGUGCUAUCGAGGGCCGCUAUGAAUCUAAAUACUCAUCAUCAAGGGUCGAAGGUGCAUCUAAAUACGGCAUCGAGUCCAGCUACGAUACCAAGGAAGGCUCUAAAUAUGCCAUAGAAUCUGAAAGCAAGUUGGACAGCAUUGCCUCCAAGUACGGCCUCGGGGCAAACUCUGAAACUCAAGUGGAGGGGCGUUCUUCAAAAUAUAGCAUUGAGGCGAGUUACGACGGAAACUCAAUAGAAGCAAGUAGCAAAAUCGAUUCAAUCGCUUCGAAAUAUGGCCUUGGAAAUUCAGAAAAUCAGGUGGAAGGACGAUCAUCCAAGUAUAACAUAGAAUCUAGUUAUGAUGCCGGUGCUGCCGAGACCACUAGCAAAAUCGAUAGCAUCGCCUCCAAAUAUGGUCGUAACUCGAUUACCGACAGCACUAAAAUCGAAAGUCGCUCCACCAAAUUGAACAUCGAAACUAGUCUCGAUGGACAAUCAAAAGUGGAAUCGAGCUACACAAAAAUGAGGAACGGCGAUUUGGAAAGCAAGUACUCUAAAACGGUAUCUAAUGGGUCUAUGUCACAGGAGUACGAGUCGAAAUCGAUUUCGAAAUCGGAUUCGUACGAUGGGAAGCCGGUGUUUUCGAAGACAUUGGAGGGGCAGAACAUCGAGCCUGGAGAAAAUGCGGUUUUCGAGUGCGCGGUCCAAGAAGAAGCCUCGGUUACAUGGUUGAAGGACAACAAGCCCUUCACGGACCGUCUGAUGGACCGCGUGCAGAUGGUCCAAAGAUCCGGGGUCCAUCGCCUCGAGGUGCUGCACUGUAGGGAGGACGACUCGGGCCUAUACACGGCCCGCGCGGAGAAUGUAAAGGGCAACGCACAUUGCACCGCUCAAUUAGUGGUCCACGAGUUGACACCAGAAGAACGGAAACAAAAGAAUGCCCUAAACGCUCCGUAUUUCUUAGUGGCGCUAAAGGAUACUGAGAUUAUGAUGAACACUUACCUUAGAUUCAUGGUCAAGGUCAAGGGCAACCCCAACCCGGAGGUCAAAUUCUAUCGAGAUGACAAGGAAAUAAUCACCAAGUCGGAGGAGGAGCGCGUGUCCAUCGUGCGCACGCGCGCGGACAGGGGCUGCUACGAGCUGGUGAUAGCGGACGUGUGCGCGGCGGACGCCGGCCGCUACGUGUGCCGCGCGCUCAACAUGUACGGGGACGUCGCGUGCGAGGCGACCGUCACUGUUGUGGAUGAUAAGAAUAUUUUCGGUGAACUUGCCCCGGGGGGUGAGGGGCUGUUGGCGAAGGGCGAGAAGGCUAGCUUCACUUGGAAGAAAGAUGGAGAGAACUUCGACCCUGAGGAGAGGUUCAAGGUGCUACUCGGUGACGAUGAAGAUUCCCUGGCUCUGGUGUUCCAGCACGUGAAGCCAGAAGAUGCCGGGCUAUAUACCUGCGUGGCUAAAACCAGCACAGGGAAUAUCUCUUGUUCUGCUGAACUUACUGUACAAGGUGCCGUAAACAUCUUACACCGUGAGCCCCAAAAACCAGAGCUGGUGAUCGAGCACCGCGAAGCGAUCGUGUCCAGCGGCGGGUCCGCCAUGCUGGAGCUGGUCUGCAAAGGGUACCCGAAACCUAAUGUGGUGUUCAAACACGAUGGGAAGGUGGUGGAGGCUGAUACUAGGCAUAAAUUCCUGCACGAGGAUGACGAGAACAUGUCGUUGGUCAUCAAGAACGUGUCGGCGGCUGACGCGGGCGAGUACCACGUGACCGCCUCUAACGACCUCGGCGAAGACACCACGGUCAUCAACCUCGUGGUCAAAGCGCCGCCAAAGAUUAAGCGGAAGAUUGAGAAUCAAACUUGUAUGGCGGGCUCCACUCAUGAAGUGACCAUAGAAGUGGAAGGCACUCCAUCUCCCGACCUCACUUUCUACAAAGAUGGCGUCGAGAUCAAAUCUUCGGAGAGGAUCAUCAUCAAGAAGGAGUCAGAGGAAGUGUACAAGAUCAUCAUCAAAGAUACCAAGCUGACUGACACUGGAUCGUAUUCUGUUGUUGCCAAGAAUGAAGUAAACCAAUGCUCGGACUUCUGGCAGUGGCACGUGACGUCUCCACCCAAGAUCGUGAAGAAGCUGGGCGGGGACCGCGAGUGCGCGGAGAAGGACGCCGUCACCUUCGAGGUGGUCACCGAGUCGGAGCCCGCGCCCACUGUCACUUGGUACAAGGACAAGGUGGAACUAAAAGAGUCAUCGACAGUGAAGAUCUCAUCUACAGGUGAAGCGCACAAGCUGGUGAUUACGUCAGCGGCGCGAGCGGACUCCGGGGAGUACUCUUGUGAGAUCCGCAACGUGCACGGCAGCAGCGGCGACGCGUGCGCGCUGCACGUGCGGCGCGCGCCCUCGCUCACGCGCCGCCUGCGCGACACCACCGCCGCGGAGGGCGACGUCAACGUAGAGUUCACCAUUGACGUGGACGCCUACCCCCUGCCCAGUGUCAAAUGGUAUUUAGGAGACGUGGAAAUAACAGAGAAGAAGUCGAUAUAUACUCGGGUAGACAACGGCAGUAGCCACAAGUUGAUAUUGAAAGAGGUGACCGCCGAGCUCUCGGGCAAGUACUCCUGCAAGGUGACCAACGAUCUGGGAGAGGACUCCUGUGAAGCUACCUUCACUGUUAAUAGAAAACCCCGCAUAACCAAGUCCCUGGUGGACAUGACAGUGGACGCGGGGCAGACCCUCAAGCUGGAAGUGGAGGUGGAAGGCUGUCCAGAGCCCAGGGUCAAGUGGUACAAGGACGGCAAAGAGGUCAGCACUGAUGCGAGGAUCAAAAUUGAAAGGGACACUCAGAGGCUGGAAAAUUAUCAUCUAACAGUAACGUUGGUGAAGGAAGAAGAUGGUGGAGAAUACGAGGUAAAGGCAGAGAACGAGAUGGGUAGUGUGUCGUCAAAGAGCACCGUCAUUGUGCAUACUAAAGAAGUUCAUUCGAGAUUCACAAGGGAAAGUAUGGUUGAAAAUGAGAUUGACGAAGAUACUAAGGCGAAGCAACAUUUAGUAGAUGAUAUAGAUGAUACUAAAGUAAAGAAGUCUGCGAAAAAAGGUAAAACUGUAGCGGAAGAAGUUGUAGAAAAAUCUGUAGUAGAUGAGUUAGAUGCACAACCCAAAGCUGUGUCGUCUGAAGAAGUAGAGAAGCCCGCGCCGGUUGAGUCUAAGAAAUCAGUGACUGAACCUGAGGUUAUUGAAGAAAAGUCCUUUUGGGAUGACGUUGACGACGAUGGAAAAGUUAAACCUGUCAAAGUUGAUGAGGUCGAAGCUGCUCCAAGAAAAGCGAAGAAGUCCUUAACAGAACCAGAAGAAAUCGAAACCAAGUCUUGGGACGAAAACCAUAAUGAGCAACCAAAGAAACCCGUAAUUGAAGAGGUUCAAACUAAAUCACAAAAGGGGGAAAAAGAAGUUACUAAACCAGAGGUGAUAGAAGAAGUGCCCAUCGACGAAUCCCUAAAAUCUCCAAAACGCAAGUCUGUUAAAAAACAAUCAUUAGAAGAACCAUUGAGUGCUGAAAGUGAAGGCCGAGUAUUCCAAACGGUAACAACGUUCAAGUCCGGCGAGGAUGGCUCGAUUAUUGUGUCUAAAGUAAGCAGCACUCGGUCUCACGGUGCUAUCGUCACAGGUCCAGCCGAAACGCGCACUAUACACAAAAUGACUUCAAGUGCCGUAUAUUAUGAUGAGGAUGAUGAAUGUGAAAAAAAGAUUCUUAAACCGAAAAAACCGCAUACAACUUCAUUAGAAGUUGAAGAAAUAGCUAGUCACAGUUACUAUUUAUCUGAGAUGGGAUAUUACACUAUACCUGAUCACGUGAGGAGAGGUACUUAUGGUAUAAUUGAGGAGCCCCAAACAGAUUCUGACGCCGAGACCAACUCGAGACACGGGAGACCCAUCGGCAAUAGAACGAUGUCUAUCAUGUCAAUGUCAGAAGAUGACAUGAGUUGGCACAACGAGUCCCUUUCGCGCGAAAUAUCUAUAGAAGACCUUUCCAAAUCUAUCUUUGACAUAGACGAAACCAAAAAGGUCUUCAGCAAAGACUCGUACGUUCGUCAGUCUUCUUUCAAAGAAGACUAUUUCACUCACAAAGGUGACGAGGAAUCUGUUAUUCUGAAAGAAAAAAGCCAAAAAAUUUUCGAGAACGAUAUUACGGAAAAGCUUAUACACAUAUCGAAGGAGUUUGACGAUGACGAAUUUAAAAACGUAGAAAAUAAAAUACGCGAUGUCAAAAAUCGAAUCAUAGAAGAACUAGUUUUGGGCCCAACGAAAAAUGUCGAUAAUAUAACUAAAGAUAUAGCAGAGACAACAGUGGAAAGAAAGAAAAAAACAAGUACUGGCUUGUUCAGCGUGGAAGAGGAGGAUGGGGACAUAGACGAACUGUUGAGACGAAGCCAGAGACAAAGGAGCAUAUUAGACGAUAUACUAAAUGAGGAAGAUGAAAAAGCACCCCCCAAAAUGAAAGAGAGCAACAUGAAGGAUGGGCAUACGUAUGAAUCUUUACCACUAGUAUACACAGUAGAAGCUUCUGGAACUCCCAAACCAACUGUUCGUUGGCUCCAUGACGGUCAGGAGGUGAAGGCCGACGACAGAGUACAUCUCAGCAAUGAAGGCGAUCUGUUCAAACUGAAAAUAGAUUCAGUUGAGUUGAAGGACGUCGGCAAAUGGCAGUGCGAAGUCGUGAACAACCUUGGCAAAGAGACCUUACAAGCUGAAUUGUCAGUUUCUCCGGUGGCCGAAUUCCGCAAACCAAUCUUCACAUCGCCUCUCGAAGCAACUCGGGUGAUGCAGCGUGAACCUGUGACUCUGAAGGCAGUGUGCACAGCCGACCCGCUCCCACACGUCGCCUGGCUCCUCAACGGCAAGGAGUUGGUCCCAGACGCCACCCUCGUCACCGACGUGGAGUCCAAGGACCUGGAGCAUGACAUCAAGGAGUGCACCUUCACUUUGCAUAUACCUACUGGUCGUCACGCCGACACAGGUAUAUACACGGUCCAAGCUAAGAACAAGUACGGUAUUGGCGAGAGCUCAGCUCGACUCGACAUUCUGCUGCGUCCUGAGGUGGAGCCGUUGAAGGACAUCACGACUGUGCCCUUCGAGGAAACCACUUUCAUCACGAAGAUCAGGGCCAACCCCAUUGCGGAGGUUAAAUGGAGUAAAGACGGCUACGUGAUUGUGCCAUCUGACCGCCUCGAGAUCAUCGAGGACCGCUCCGCGGAGACCUUCAGCCUGGUGGUGAAGAGCGUCACCAUCGAGGACGCCGGCGUGUACUCCGUCACCGCUAAGAACGAGCUGGGAGAGACCGUACAGCAAGCGAAACUUAAUGUUCAUACCGACAAGCCAGCGUUCGUGCGUCCGCUCCAGAAACAGAUAGUGAAGGAUUACGACGACGUGACGCUGCGCGUGCGCUGUGACGGCGUGCCCAAGCCGCAGGUCACGUGGUACCUGAACGGGAAAGAAGUGGCUGGUGACGAGAGGCAUGCCGUUGCUACCGAGAUAGGCGGCCAGGUCGACAGCGAACUGGAGAUCAAGCACUUCGGUGCCAGUGAUGCUGGGAAGUACACCGUACGAGCAUUCAGCGUGUCAGGAGAAGCGGAAUGUGAAGCGAUGAUCACCCUCGCACAGAUACCACCAGGAUUCUCGCACAAACUAGACCGCCAGAAGGAAGUGGACGAGGGAGAGCCCCUCGAACUGAAGGCGAAGGUCGAUGGCAGCCCCAUACCCACUGCUAAAUGGCUCAAAGACGGUGUGGAACUAUCCCCUGAUGACGCCCGCGUAAAGCAAAGCGCGCUGCCCGACGGCACGGUGCGGCUGAGCAUCGCCCGCGUGACGCCGGCCGACUGCGGCGCGUACAAGCUCGUCAUCACCAACCCCAGCGGGGAGCACAUGGCGUUAUGCGCUGUGGCUGUUAACCCGACACCCCGCAAGCCGUCAUUCACCCAGGAGUUGGAGGACGUGAAGGUUGUGGUGGGGCAGCCGGUGCUGCUGCAGGCCAGGGUCAUGGCCUUCCCGGCGCCAGAAGUCAAGUGGUUUAAGGAUGGAGCCCCGAUACGGCCGAGCCAAGCGGUGAGCUUUGUGAACCAGCCGGGCGGCGUUGUGGGGCUGAGCGUGGAGGGCGCGCGCGCGGAGGACGCCGGCGUGUACUCGCUCACCGUCGCCAACCGCCUCGGGGAGGUCGCCUGCAAGGCCACCGUCGAGGUGGGACAGAAAGAACGCAAACCAGCAUUCAUCGCGGAGCUGCAGCCCGCUAAAGUGAUCGAAGGCUUCCCCGUCAAGUUGGAGGUGAAAGUGCUCGGCCACCCACCACCUACCAUCAAAUGGACCCAUGAUGGCAAAGAAAUAGUGCCAGACGGGCAACGCAUCCGUCUCGUGUCGCAGCCGGACGGCAGCCACGCUUUGUUGCUGAGCGACGCCAAGCCCAGCGACGCGGGAAAAUACGGCGUGCUCGUGGCCAACGACAAGGGCGAGGUCGGCAGUUCGGCUGAUCUUACUGUUGCUAGUCGAGAAGACGACUCAUCACCACAAGAGCGUCCGCGCUUCCUGCACGGCCUGCGCGAGGUGACGGGCGAGGAGGGGCAGCCUAUAGCCCUCAGCGCGCCCUUCACAGCCAACCCCAUGCCGCAGGUCGCCUGGACCAAGGACGGCCAGCCCCUGCUGCCCAGCGACAGGGUGCUGCUCACUUGUGACGGGAAAAAGGUGGGCCUCGAGAUCAACCCGCUAGAAGUGUCGGACGCAGGCACGUACGGCGUGUCGCUGGUGAACCCGCUGGGCGAGGACCGCAGCGAGGGCACGCUGCAUGUGCGCAAGGUGUUCCAGCCUCCGCGCUUCACGCAGAGGUUCACGGACCUACAGCAGCUGCCAACGUUCGACGCGAAGUUCCCAGCCCGCGUGACCGGCGUGCCGUCGCCCGACGUGACGUGGCACAAGGACGGCGCGCCGCUGGUGCCCGGCGACAAGUACGCGGUGCGGCGCGACGGCGACGCCUGCUGCCUGUACGUGCGCGGCGUGGCGCCCGCCGACGCCGGCCGCUACUGCUGCCUGGCCCGCAACCGCGAGGGGCAGGACCGGUGCGAGGCCGUGCUCGAAGUGGUCGAUAAGAUCGGUCGCAUGCAGAAGGUGGAACCGCCGUCGUUCCUGAAGAAGAUUGGGGACGCGGAGGUGUUCCGCGGCCUCAGCGCCAAGUUCACGGCCUGCGCCACCGGCACGCCCGACCCCGACGUGGAGUGGUUCCGCAACGACACUAAGCUGUUCCCAAGCGAGCGCAUCCGCAUCGAGCAGGAGACCACCGGGCUGCUGCGGCUCACCAUCGCGUCGGUGUCGCCCGAGGACGUGGGCACGUACCGCUGCCGCAUAUACAACCCGCACGGCGAGGACAGCUGUGAAGCCAAGCUUGUAUAUGAUACCCUAGAGCCCAGCAGCGGCAGGAAGCCCAUCGGUGAGCAGUACUCGGACUUCGACAAGAUGAAGAAGACGGGCGUUCCGAUGCCACUCAGCGACAAGCCCAUCAUCUCGCGCAUGGCGGACCGCCACCUCACACUGUCCUGGAAGCCGUCCAUACCGCACCAGCCUAGGUUCCCCGUCACAUACCAGGUGGAGAUGUGCGAAGUGCCAGACGGCGAGUGGUUCACGGCGCGCACCGGCCUGCGCUCCUGCGUCUGCGACAUACGCAACCUCGAGCCCUUCCGCGACUACAAGUUCCGGGUGCGGGUGGAAAACAAAUAUGGCGUCAGCGACCCUUCGCCCUACGCCAUCACGCACCGCGCCAAGCUAGAACCCGAUCCGCCCAAAUUUGUGCCCUACUUGGAACCCGGCAUCGAUUUCAGACCAGAAACCUCCCCGUACUUCCCCAAGGACUUCGACAUCGAACGUCCCCCGCACGAUGGUUACGCCCAAGCACCUAAAUUCCUACGUCAGGAACACGACUCCCAGUAUGGCGUGAAGGGCCACAAUGUCAACCUCUUCUGGUUCGUCUAUGGCUAUCCCAAGCCCAAGAUGACGUAUUUCUUCAACGACGAGCCGAUUGAAAUCGGUGGAAGAUAUGACUGGAGUUACACGAGGAAUGGACAGGCUACGCUUUUUAUUAAUAAAAUGCUAGAGCGUGACGUCGGCUGGUACGAGGCGGUGGCGACCAACGAGCACGGGCAGGCGCGGCAGCGCGUGCGCCUUGAGGUGGCGGAGUACCCCACCUUCAUCAAACGCCCUGAGGAGACCGUGGUGCUGCAGCGGAGACUCGUCAGGUUCGAGGCCAGGGUCACCGGGGUUCCUUACCCUGACAUCAAAUGGUAUAAGGACUGGCAGCCACUGGCACCCAGCUCCAGAACUAAGAUGCACUGGAUAGCGCCGGACACGGUGGUGCUGACCAUCAGCGACGCCAUGCUGAAGGACGAGGGCCUGUACUCGGUGUCGGCGCGCAACGCGGCGGGCGCGGCCAGCGCCUCCGCCAUGCUGCACGUGGAGGAGGACGAGCACGAGUACUCUUGCCGCGUGCGCGAGUACCCGCCGCGCAUCAAGGCGAGCGCGAAGCCGUUCGGCGAGCGCUACGACCUCGGCGACGAGCUCGGCCGCGGCGUGCAGGGCGUCGUCUACCACGCCGCCGAGAGGACCACGGGCCGCAACUACGCAGCCAAGAUCAUGCACGGCCACUCCGAGCUGAAGCCCUUCAUGAAGAACGAGCUGGACAUCAUGAACCUUCUCAAUGACCGGCACCUGCUGCGGCUGUACGACGCGUACGAGCACGACCACACCCUUGCACUGGUCAUCGAGCUGGCUGGUGGUGGUGAACUUGUCAGGGACCGGCUGCUGCGCGGCGCGGGGUACACCGAGCGCGAGGUGGCGGGCUACGUGCGCCAGCUGCUGCGCGGCCUCAAGCACAUGCACGACGGCAGCGUCGCGCACCUCGGACUCACCAUCGGAGAACUGCUUCUGUCGCACGCUGGUAGCGACUUACUUAAAAUUUGCGACUUUGGCCUUUCUCGGAAGAUACAAUUAAACAAAUACGCUUCCCUCGACUACGGAAUGCCGGAAUACGUUUCACCUGAAAUAGCAAAUGGUGAAGGAGUUGGCUUCGCAUCCGAUAUGUGGAGUGUGGGAAUUAUCACUUAUAUUCUUCUCAGCGGAUAUUCCCCAUUCAAGGGCAUAAACGAUAGGGAAACCCUAACUAGGAUUCGCCAGGGUAGUUGGACGUGGCAUGAUGAGGAGUGGUGGUCGAGAUUCAGUAAGGAGUCCAGGGAUUUCAUUUCCAAGCUCCUGGUGAUGAAGUGGCAGGACAGAAUGGAUGUGGAUACAGCAUUAUCGCAUCCUUGGUUAACUUUAGCGGAUAAGAUUUAUCAGGAUGAAUAUAUCAUCACAACGGACAGGUUGAGGACCUACUAUAACUCUUAUAGGGACUGGAUGAGCAACGCGCAGUGCCGCACGUGGUUCCGCCGCCGCCCGCUGUCCGGCGCCUUCGACCACCCCUCCAAGAUGGUGUAUCCGCCGGGCGAGCUGUACACCCCCGAGGGUACUCCAGAACGUGAACGUUCUUCCCGGGAGAGGAAACCGGGAGAGUGGGAUACGAAGUUCAAGCAGUGGGAGCAUCCCGACUGGGAGGUGUCCGCCACUUCGGAGAGCCACUACCAGAACGGGCCGGACACGUACCUGCUGCAGCUGCGCGACACGCAGUUCCCGGUGCGCCUGCGCGAGUACAUGAAGGUGGCGUGCGUGCGCUCGCCCGGCUACAGCCUCAGCGUGCACGACACCUACGACCCCAGGACGCCGAUCAUCCGCGAGCGACGUCGCUUCACCGAUAUAAUGGAUGAGGAAAUAGACGACGAGCGCCGCGAGAGAAUCAACAACUACGGCACUGAGAGCUACACCAUCCGCCGCCUGCGACACGAACUUGGAACACGUCUGGACAGCUAUGCUGAAGCCCAGGCCUUUAUGGAGUCUAAGAAAGACGGCACUCUGCCCUUCUUAAGAGAAAAACCCCAUUUACUACCCAUACAAGAAGGCCAGCCAGCCAGACUCAGCGCUUACGCUGUAGGAGAUCCGAAACCAACCAUACAAUGGUUCAAAAACGACAUGGUCAUAGCUGAAGGACAAAGAAUCAAAAUUAUUGAAGAGGAUGGAAGGUCUACCCUAGAGUUCAAUCCUGCAAUGCACCACGAUAUCGGAUUUUACAAGGUCGUGGCAAGGAACAAAGUGGGGCAAACCGUCGCUAGGACCAGGAUAGUGGAAGCGACUACUCCCGAUGCCCCGGAUAGCCCUAAUCCAGCAGACGUGUCAGAUACUGAAGUGCUUCUGAGAUGGACACAGCCGAAACACGACGGCAACUCUCCGGUGGUCUGCUACAGCCUUCAAUAUAAGAAAGGGGACAGCGUUGAGUGGCAUACGGUAGCUGAAAAUAUUGACCACGAAUUCUUCGUUGUCAGAAACCUAGAACCGGACACCAGCUACCAGUUUAGAUUAUCCUCUCGUAAUAGGAUUGGUUGGAGUGAGAAGGGAAUCCCGACUAGUCUGGUCAAGACUAAACAAUCUGGCGCACCCAAAAUAGAAGUUACCAAAGCAAUGAAACAUCUUCAGCAGUUAACGGAAUCUGGGCAAGAAAUAGUGCUCGAUGAGGACAGACCGAAAUUGGAUUACAACACUGAAGAAAACCCCAUAGACUGGAACACGACGCAGAACUUUUCGGACCGCUACACUUUCAUAUCGGAAUUAUCGCGUGGAAAGUUCUCGAUUGUCGUGAAGGGUGUCGACAAGGAAACAGAUGACGUAGUAGUAGCGAAAAUAUUGGAAGUGCGACCAGAAUCUGAAGUCCAAGUUCAAAGGGAGUUCAACUGCAUAAGGAAGCUUCGGCACGAGAGGAUAUCUAACUUGUUAGCCGCGUAUCAAAUACCGGGUGCUCCUGUUGCAGCUUUAAUUAUGGAGAAGUUGCAAGGAGCUGAUGUUCUAACAUACUUGUCGAGUCGACAUGAAUAUUCGGAGCAAAUGGUGUCGACCAUCAUCUCCCAAGUGCUGGACGGCCUGCAAUACCUGCACUGGCGAGGGUAUUGCCACCUGGACCUGCAGCCGGACAACGUGGUGAUGGCGUCGGUGCGGUCUCUGCAAGUAAAGCUGACAGACUUCGGGUCGGCGCACCGCGUCACCAAGCUCGGCACCAGCGUGCCGCAGGUCGGCGACUUGGAGUGGAAAUCGCCAGAAAUAAUCAACGACGAGGCGGCGUACCCGCAGACGGACAUCUGGUCGGUGGGCGUGCUCGCCUACGUGCUGCUGGCGGCCGUCUCGCCCUUCCGCGGCGCCACGCCGCAGGACACGCGCCAGAACAUCGCCUUCGUGCGCUACCGGUUCGAGCACCUCUACAAGGAGAUCACUCAGGAAGCAACACGGUUCUUGAUGUGGGUGUUCAAGAAGGUGCCGUUGAAGCGGCCGACGGCGGAGGAGUGCCUCGAGCACCGCUGGCUCGCGCACUCCGACUUCACGCAGCGCAAGCGCGAGCGCGCCGUCUUCCUCUCCAACAGGCUCAAGGAGUUCUCAGAGGAGUACCACUCGCGUAAGGCGGCAGAAGCCCUACAGGCGGACGCUAUAUCGCCGUUGGCGUCGCCGCGCAUGCUAGCGCGCUCCAACAGCGUCACCGACGAACUCGACACGCUCACACGC